AUGAAAGAAUCACAAAGGAAGAAGGUGGCUCAUGAUGCUAGGUUUGAUGACAUAGUAGCCAACCAAACUAAAAUUUUUGAAAUGUUAGCUAGUAUGUUUUCCCAAUCUAUUGAACGAGAUGAGCAAAAGGCUAUAGAUCGUGAGAUGAAGGCUAAGAAUAGAGAGGUCCAACUACAAAAGUUAGCAAUGAUGAAUGGAAGAGAACAGAGAAGUGAGGAUAACAAAAUCAUGUCAAUGGACAUGUCCAAUUUAACUCCUAUGCAGAAGUCCUACUAUGAAGAUCUUCAAAGACAGAUAGUUGCUCAGAAUAUAGACAAUGGGUUUUAA